GCAUGCUGGAUGGAGCGGAAGUAGCGGUGCACGUUGACGUUGUUCCUCGCAUUAGUGACACACAGAAAGGAUUGGUGUUCAUCAUGGGUGCAUCUGUAUCCAAUCUUGCCCCAACUAUUCAGGCAGAGUCUGCGAUGUCAGCUCCUCAUUUUAGUGGGGUGUCCCCACCUUCUGGGUGUCCCAUGCAUCAAGAGCCCCCUAAAAGCUCUCCGCCUCCUGAGUGCCCCAUGCAUCAGGCUCAGACGCCACUGGCCGGCCCAGCGCAUCAGGAGAGAGCUUAUGAGUUUGUCGAAUGUCCCAUGAGAGCUUCUGAUGGAGCCAUCGAUCCCGCGAACAUGAUGUCCCCUCCAAACCAGGUGCCCACCCCGGACCAGCCGUUCCCUCUGUCCGUGAAAAGAGAGGAGUCUAAAAUCCCACGAUCAGGCACAGGCCAGAACUGGGUUUAUCCUUCUGAACAGAUGUUCUGGAAUGCCAUGCUGCGGAAGGGGUGGCGCUGGAAGGAUGACAGUCUUGCUCCAGAAGACAUGACCAAUAUAAUCCAGAGAUUGGUGUUCAUCAUGGGUGCAUCUGUAUCCAGUCUUGCCCCCACUAUUCUAGCAGAGUCUGCAAUCCCGAAGUGGGAAGUGCUGCAUGUCAGCGAGUGUCCAUGCGGUCCAUCUCUGAAGAGAUUCGGGGGAAAAGCCAAAGAGUUCUUGCCCAGAGCAAGAAUACGUCAUUGGAUGGGAUAUGAAUUGCCUUUCGACCGACAUGAUUGGAUCGUAGAUCGGUGCGGAAAGGAAGUCCGAUAUGUCAUUGACUACUACGAUGGGGAUAUUAAUAAAGACACUUACCAGUUUUCCAUCCUGGACGUGCGUCCAGCCAUCAACUCUCUAGAGGCUGUCUGGGAUCGGAUGAGGGUGGCCUGGUGGCGCUGGACAUCAUAGAAUCCAUCACAGCACAGUUUUAACAUUUCUGCACCACUAUAAGACGUCACAGACUAUUCGGUACCAAUAUACUAGAAUCUGUGUGCUCAACUUCGAGUUCUGACUGUAAACAUGAAUCGUAGCAAAUUAUUGCACAUCGAGGGACUUAAAGGUUGUGAGUGUUCUCUAUUGGAGAGCACAAUGAAUCAGUGUUUUUUUCUUCUGAUGAGGUUCUGAAUUCGUCAUCAGCUAGCGUUUCUUUUUCUGCUUGUUGUGUGAAGGUUAUCAAACUGGAAAGCCUGCUAUCUGAUCUUACGCAGAGGUUAAACAUAUCCGCUGGUUGUUUUUCUCUCUCAAAGGCUGAAUGUUGAGUGUUUUAGUUCACGGUGAGAGCGAUUGGCAGCUGUUAGCAUUUGUAGCCAAUGGUUUGGUGGUCUUCGCUUUUGAAUGUGGCCCUUUCUAACGAAGCAUGCUGCACAACUUCUUGUCCAGGCCCUUGU